AUGAAACUUGUUACUCAAGUAUUAUUACGUGAUGAACAUCCAUUUGAACAUGAAUUUUUUCUUCGAACUUCGAAAUCAUUUCCAUUUAUGAAACAAUUAGCAAUAAUGAAUCGAAAAGCACAACAAAUAAAAUCAAAUAAUGAUAAUAAAAUAUUAUCAAUUAUUGAAUAUCCCAAUCUUACUCGACUGGAUCUUUCUUAUACUCAUGAUGAUUAUGUUCAACUAUUUUUAUUUAAUAUGAAAAUGUCUUUACCAAAUAAUCUUCAUCUUCGUGUUGAUUAUGAAUCACUCGAAAGAGUGACAUACUGUUUUACAAGAUAUAUGACAGGAAAUAGUUCUACAAAACUUGCUGCUCUAUAUUUUGAUCCAGUGGAUCAAAUCGAUGAAUAUCAUAUCAAAAACUAUUUUCCUUAUGCAUGUAUUCAUCGUACUUUUGGUUUUAUAUUAUCUAAAUAA